UGCCUCACUCUCCGGAACUGAAAAAGAGCGGUUAGGAACCGUAGUUGCUAGCGGAGCGCUAGGACGCGGCGCGGUUUGGCGGGAGCUGUGAGUACGGAGCAGGCUGCUCUCGAGAACAGCGGCGCUGAGGAGACGCUGUGCCGCCUGCGCAGAAAACUGAGGAGCGGGGCUGCGCCUGCCGCCCUCGAGGAGACGCUGACAUCGCGCUGUGCUUUGCUGUUGAAGUAGCCGAGGCUCUUCUCAGCUGUGGUGUCUGGCACACGUGUAACCAGUAAAGCCAACACUGUAGGACUUGAAGAGGGGUUUAUUUCUGUGCCUAAGGGUAAAAACAAGCGCAGAGCGCUCUGUGCCUUCGUGAGGGAAUAAGACCGCGUCCCUCCGCCCCUCGAGAUACAUCGGAGGCAGGGCUGAAAAGCCCGAGGAGCGCCUGUACGGUGCGAGGAAGAUAAGGCAUGUCUGCUGUAGCUGGAACCAGGGGAGACUUGACUGUGAGAGACGUGGGUUCAGCUCCAUCUAGAUUUGGAGGAUUAGUAGCACCUGCACGCAAAGUUAAAGCUCGGCGAGCUGUGACACAAUUCAGUGAGAAGGAGCUGGAAGAUAAAUAUCUUUCUUUACGUGAUGAAAACAUCUUGCUUAAGCAGCAUGCAAAUAAGCAAGAGGAAACAAUUAAAAGAAUGGCCACCAGGUUAAUACGGCUUGUUAAAGACAAAAAAAGGAAUGAGCAGAUUGGUGGCAGCCCCAGGCGGCUGGUUCGUACUGAGGAGCUGGAAGGAACGAUUGAGCAGUUGCAGGGGAGAGUUCAUGAUCUGGAGAAACAAAAUGAGAUCCUCCGCAGCAAACUCAUUUCAAACAAACAGGUCCAUAUUCAAAGCCAUAGGCCUGUUCAAUACAAAUAUGCUCAGUCUCUCGUUAACACUGGACUCAAAAAAGCAAGUGGUGCUGUUGGCACACUGGAACACGCAAAGAAAGGAACGGGACUGCAGUAUUUAGAAGUGAGACCACCCCAAACUGUUCCCCGACGUUUGGGCCAGAGUCUGCUUGAGGAUGCAAGAGCUAAAAUAACAGAUUUGGAAACUGUGAUCAAUUCCCAAAGGGAGCGCAUUGAGAAACUGGAGCAUCUUAGAGAGGUACUUGAGAGUCAGCUGAGAGAGAAAGAAAAAGAAAUCGAAGAAUCUGCCCUACAUAUGAAAGAGCAAGAGGCAGCAAAACAAAGGUCAAACAUUCGAGACAAUGUGGAAAUGAUUAAGGUCCGCAGACAGCUGUUUGAGAAAAGCAGUGCUCUUUCAAAUCUGGAAAUCAAAUUUCUCCAGCUUCAAGAGAACGAGAGGAAUUUGAAGGCUAGCCAUGAUCAGUUAAUAGCAAAAAGUGAUGAGCUGAGUCUCCGGCUUAAAGAAGAGCAGUUAAAGUGCCUUCGUCUUAAAAACGAAUUGCAGUUGGUGACUAUUAGCAAGCAAAGGACAGAGGAGUUACAGCAAAGAAUAAAUGAUCUAGAGCAAGAGAAGGAAGUCUUGAAGGAAAGCUAUGAUAAGCUAUCAAACAGUGUCUUCAGUGUGACCCGUGAACAGGAAUGGAAAUUAAAGGAAGAGCAACUGAAACUGCGAAUUGCUGAACUAGAGACUGCUAUCAAGUCUAGUUUAGCAGAGAAAGAUGAACUAGAGACUGCUAUCAAGUCUAGUUUAGCAGAGAAAAAUGAACUAGAGACUGCUAUCAAGUCUAGUUUAGCAGAGAAAAAUGAACUAGAGACUGCUAUCAAGUCUAGUUUAGCAGAGAAAGAUGAAAUCCUUGACAAGCUCAAAGUAGAGAGAGAUCAAAAGGAAAAGCUGAUGCAGGAGAACAAAGACCUGCAAUCACGCUACCUGGAAAGUAAGCAAGAGCUAGAUGAACUGAAAAAUCGCAUGAAUUCAUUGACCAAGGUUCGAAAGCAGCAGCAGAAUGAGGACCUUUUAUGUUUGGAAAAAGAAGGUGAUGGUAGCCCUGAAGAUUUGGAACGUUCCAUGAAGAAGCUGCAAUUAAUACAUGUGGAAACAGUGCACGAACUUGAAAAGACAAGGAAUAUGUUAGUUGUACAGCAUAAGAUUACCAAAGGUUACAAGACUGAAUUUGAGGCAAUGGCGCAGAAGAUGGAAAGUCUACAGAAAGGCUAUGAGUUAAAAAUAGAAAAGUAUGUCCAUCUUCUUGAUAAUAGGGCUGAAUGCAUCAAAAACCUUGAAGCCCAACUGAGAGAUGUUGUCUACAGUACUAAACGGUACAAACCCAGACCAGAAAUACUGCCAGUCAAUCCAGUGAAUAAAUCUGAUGCAACUCUACAUUUAGAAAGAGGACAGGGAUUUUUUGAAUUUCAUAUCAACAAGAUCACUCUGUCUUCUGCAGCUGUGCAUGCUUUUGGUGACCGUGAACCUGCAACUUUUUGUUGUUUUACAUUUUAUGACUUCCAACUUGAAACAACUCCUGUUUUGUAUGGAAAUACCCAGUUAUAUCACUUCACUUCUCAGCAUCGCGUGAAGAUUGAUGACUGCUUCUUGAACUACUUGAGGAGUAACAGUAUCACUCUUGAGUUUCACCAUGCAUAUGGCAGAGACCAUGAAACAGUAGCAAUAUGCCAGGUGGCCCUCCAUGAAACCCUGGAACAGAAUGGGAGGAUCUACGGCUCGGGGGAUUUAGUCGGAGUGAAUGGAAAUGUCGAAGGUUUUGGUACUUUAGAAUACUGGAUCCGGUUACGAGCUCCUAUGGAUCGAUCCAUUGGUCUUUACAAAGAGAACUCCAAAGCUCGAGGGUAUAUAACACCCAGUUUGAGGGAAGACGGAUCACCAUUCCAGCCAAUUCCCAGAACUGACCAAGUCAGCACUUCAACAGAUGGCGAUUUAAAUGAGCUCCUUGUUACAAUAAAAUGUUGUAACCGUCUACAAUCCCAAAAGAAACAUCUUCAGCCAAAUUCGUAUGUUGUCUACAAGUUUUUCGAUUUUGCAUACCAUGAUACUCGCAUCAUUCCUAGCAGCAGCAACCCAGAAAUAGAUGACUGUAUGUGUUUCCAAAUGCCAAUGACUGCAGAGUUAGACCUAUACUUGAAAUGGGAAUCCUUAACAUUUUAUGUAUUUGAUGAUGCCGAAGUGGGAGAAGAUGGCUAUUUAGGGAAAGCCAAUGUGCCUCUUAUUCCCUUAGCAUCUAACAGAUCUAUCUCAGGUACAUUUGAAAUAACAGAUUCUGAAAGAAGAUUUACUGGUGCUAUCAGAGUUAUGUUAAAGUGGAAGUUUGCCUACCAGCCACCGAGUGGAGCCGCAGUGGCUUCAGACUCAGAGAAUUGCAUUCAGAUUAAGAAAUCAGUGGCACCUAAAUUAGUUUCAGAAGAAGAAACGCAACCUCCAACCGUCUCUCCUUCUUUAACUUCUUCAGUGACAGUACCCGUACCGAAACCAAGACGCCGUACAGCUCCAACAGACAAGAAAGUGUCAUUUGUGAAUGCCAGUUCAGUACAGGUGACAGUUAAACAAGAAAAUCUAGCAGAUGUUAAGGUGGAGGAGACUGUUGAAGAAAUUCAACAAGAGAAAGAAGACCAUUCAUGUUUGCCAGAAGAGCAGCUGUCUGGCCAAGGCUCAGUUACCUCUGGAAAUGAGACAGAAAUAUCUGAAGAACUGGAAUCAGAAGCAGAUGAAGAUGAUAGACACACAAAUGAUUCCAUUGAAUCGGAAACUGACAGCGACGACUGUAUUGUUACAAGUCCAAUAUCCAAAAAUAUUAUACAGGCAACUGAAAAAAUCCGGAUUGAAAUUAUAUCGUUUUGUCUUUUUGAGUCACGAAUUGUAGAAGAUGAAACAAUACAACAACUGUUUGUAGAAUGCAGAUUUUACAAUUUCACUGCACACGAGACCCCAGUGUCACUUCCGAAACCACCAAGUGGACGCAGGGUUCACUAUAACUAUGGCAGUGUGAUACAUGUGGAUAAGGCAAAUAAUCGCGCAAGAAGAGAGUAUCUCAAGUCUAUACUUCAAAAGCCAGAUCUAAAAACUGACAGCCUACUGUUUACAGUGGUCAGUGAUCCCCCAGAAGACAAACAGGAUCUUGAAUGUGAAGAUAUCGGUUUUGCUUAUGUCAGCUUGAGAGAGAUAUUUCAGAAAGGAAGGGAUGUCAUCGAGCAAGAUAUUUUUGUUUUUGAUUCGCAGGAUGAUAGUGCAAUAAUUGGUAAGCUUAAAGUAACAGUGGAAGCCCUCCAUGCACUGCGUUCAGUCUACGAGGAAUGCGAAGAUGACUAGGAGGCAUGGAAGGGAAGUUUGCCUACAGAAGUUUCUUCUGCAAAUACAUACUUGACAGUGUUCAAAGAUGAGAUCUUCACAAUUCUUAGAAUAUAUUUAAUGUAUAAUUUAUACAAAAAGAACUCUUAAUUUAUAAUAAUAAAGUUUACAAAACUUUUCGGUCUGUUUGUUUUUAUAUUUCCCCCCUAAGGCUGAGUAUCUCCCCACAGUGGACAGCGCCUUGUGAAUAAUUAAUACCUACAUGAUUGAAUGAUGUGCUUUAUUUGCAUUUUCAACAUUUUUUCCUACAUAAAACAGUAAUAAAAAUGCAAGUCAAAUUUUUAAUUUUUAAUAAAAAAAAACCCAUAAGCCUUAGAAAACUGAUUAAAAAUACUUUUAUGUUAUCCCUAAUCACCCCGCUAAAUGGAAUGCCUGUGAUUAGCCUCAUUAAGAAUUUUAUACUGUGAAGAUUUUAUUAAAAGCAAUAUAUGAAAAUUACUUGGAUUAAUGUGUUAAUCUGCCUCUUUAAAAUGCUAAUAUCCAUUUUAUGCACAUUAAAUCUCAGUAUGUGUUUUCUUUGAUGCAUACAGUUCCUAUCAAUUAAAUAUAAAAAAUGAAGCUAGUUGGAAGACUUAUUAAAUUACAGCAACCUUUUUUUCACUAACUUUUGCCCUUCCGCUAACAUUAUAAUCAGCUGUUUAUGAUUAUCAUGAUUUGAAGUAGGGGGAGGGCAGGCACAAUAAUUUUUCUAUACAGUAAAAGAUUUACUUUCAGCCAACAUCUGUCAAAGCACAAAAAGAAGCCAUAAAGCAUCAGAUUUUGCUUCACCUAGUUUGAGCUGUAGGGACAAGCAACUGUGAUUUCAUUUGUUUUCUAUCACUUUCAGAACUUCUAUCAGACAUGGAAUGAAUUGUUGUAUCUGAAUAACCAGUGUCUAUCUUGGAAAGUUAAUUUUCUAGCUUUUAACCAAUCUCAUUGAAGGAUUUAAUUGAUAUUUUUAAUGGAGCUGUGAACCAGUGCUGCAAAAGGAUUGUCUCUUGAGAACGAGGAUAUAAUACAUUUCAUUUUUUAAUUUACUUUUUUAUUUGUCAUUUUCUUCAAAGGAUUUUAUGUGCUGUGGAUUUCCACUGUUUGCAAACAGGCUAUGUUUCUUCAUAAGCAUAUGUAAAGUAUUCAGGGAGAUAAGUAAUUUAUUAAAAUCUACCUAAUUUGCCGUGAUAUAUUAAAUCUCUGCUUCAGUGAUCACAGACCAUUUCAUUUAGAGAAUUAGGCAUUCCCUCUUUGUGUGAUUAAAGCUCUGGAAAAUGAGUUCUUUGCUCCUAUUUGUGAACAUUCAAAGCCUGCUAAUGGCAAGAAGAUGGAAUAGAUUAUGAGACAAUUCAUUACAGUUCAACAGGAGGGGAAAAAAAAAGCAGCUAUAAUGCAGAAAUGCAAGUAUGAAUAUCUGCAUAUAGUUUGAACCAUCUGUGCUCUAAUGGCUUCAGUAAUGGCUCUUCAUCUUCAGUAGGCUUUGAAAUGACAUCCAUACAAUAUUAAUUUGUUGAUGUACAUUAUGAGGCCAUUGGAAUGAAUAUUCUCUGACCACAGAAAUCUCUAAAUUCCACCGUGAACUGAUGGUUGACUCCAUUUUAGGACCUACUAUCUUCAGGAGUAGUACUUCUCAUCCAGACUUUGCCAAUCCUUGCAGUAUUUCAUUCCUCUGGAGCUUUUGGGAGACCACAGACAGCUGCAUUCCUAAACCCCUCCAUUCUUUGGUUAAUGGCCAUAUGUUUGUUGUCAUUUGGGCUGGCUGUUAGUUCAUCAUUUUUGGCCACUAUUUCUAGCUUUUUUUGGCUCUGUACAUCUAUAUUGUCAAUAAGACUGUUACUAUACAUCACAGUAAUUCGAAACAGCUAGAUUCAACACCGAGAUUAACUGAGUGGCUUUUUAGAAAUUUAGUUGUGGUAUUCUGCCAGGAGGUUCUUAUUAUUCUUCUCAUACUUUGCAAACCAAACUAAAUAUCCUGCACGUAAACAAAGAAGCAAAUUGUCUUGAGUUUUUUUUGUGUGUGCCUGUUUACUGACUUGCAGGAGAGCGAUGUAAGUGGUGCUUGUUUUCUUCUGAAACAAACCAUGUGGUAAAAUUAGAAAAUCAGUGAUGUUCAUCUCACUUAAACGUUUACAGUAACACCCUUAGCAUUUAAUCUUCACCAUCUGAAGCUGAAAACUGAGAAAUCAAGCAUUCGUAUAUUCAUUAAACACAGACCUCUUUGGUAAGUUACUGCAAAAUACUCCAGUUGACAUUUGGUGACAUUGUGUUAACUGUUCUCAGUGACUCCAACAUUAACAAGUAUAAUUUGCCUCAGAUUCCUAAGCAUGUUUCUUGGUAAAGCUCACUAUUAUCUGGGUUUUUAAGUUUGUUUUUUAUUUUGUUUUUUUUUUUCUUUAAAUUUAUUUCUAUUCAUGUUUAUUACUAAGCAAGAUAUAUUCAGUGAGCAUCUAUCCAACAGGUGGAUUGUAUUAUCUUAUGUGACAUAAGCACGUGAGCUUACGAGAAAGUUUUGUUUUUGUGUUAAGUAGUCUGUAUUUCCAACAUGCUCUUACACCUCAAGGCCACGUUCUGUGCUGUACAGGGGAAGCUGAUGUAAUCAAGUACUGCUCAGAUUUUAGCUAUGAAUGGCUUGCAGAAAAAAAUAUAUCUGUAUAUAUGA